UAAGAAAUUAUCCGAUCAUAUUUGAUUCUUCUCACAUUCAACUGUGAUUGGUUAAUUUCUUAUGGCUUAAAACUUACUAUACUUAUUGUGGACUCGGGCUAAUACGAGUGAAGAUUUUUGUUUGCUGGAUGAAAGUGAUGAAAGACUUUUUCACAUCAUCAGUUCAGCUGUUCACCGCAACAAGCCACCUGGCGGCGCAGUCUUUAGUUCGCCUAGCAAUUGUCACGAUCGUGUUGCCGUCGUGAGUAGCGAGUCGUGAGUGCCGAGAUUGCAUGCGUUCCCUUAAAAUCUCUAUUUUUCGUUCAUUUCUUUCAUCUCCACGCGGAUUCACGCUCAGCGCGAUUUCCUCAGCACAGACUUUUUUUCGUGUUCUUUUCGGACGCGAUCUCCGCGCGCAGCUCGCGACAUCGUCGUAGUGUGGCAGAAACAAGAUGGCCGCCGCCGCGGCCGCCGCGCUGCUUGACGAGCUCAUGGGCAGGAAUAGAAAUGUUUUGCCCAACGAGAAACCCAAAGAGCUCAACUGGGAGGAUCCCGAGUUUUGCAAGCUGUAUUUGGUAAAAUUCUGUCCUCACGAUCUAUUUGUGAAUACGAGAGCGGACUUGGGUGCAUGUCCCAAGGUACACGACGACGAAGCUAGAGAAUUGUUCGAAAAAGCACCAUAUUCGUAUCGUAAGCAGCAAUAUGAAGAUGAAUUUAUUAGAUACUGUCAAAGUAUGUUGAACGAAGUGGAGCGUAAGAUUAUUAAAGGAAAACAGCGAUUGGCACUGAUUGGGAGAACAGAAGCACCAACGUUAACACCGGCGCAAACGCAAAGAAACGAGGAGCAGAUUGCUCUGUUGACAGAAAAGAUAAAUAAAUUAGUGGAAGAAGCUGAACAGAGUGGAAUUCAAGGCAAUGUGGAGCAGGCGCAGGGCCUCAUGCGUCUUUGUGAUCAAUUGAAGGAAGAGCGCGAAACCUUGAGGAAAUCCAACGACAAUAGCCAUUACAAUCAAACUGCUGAACUAGCAGCCGCGCAGGAGAAACAGAUGGAGGUGUGCGACGUGUGCGGUGCGUUCCUUAUUGUGGGCGACGCCCAGCAACGGAUCGACGAUCAUUUAAUGGGAAAACAGCAUGUGGGCUAUGCGAGACUAAAAAGCGCUCUUCAAGAAAUUAUGAACAAGCGCGAAAAGGCGCGCGAUGAGAAGGAGCAAAGAAGGGAGGAGGAACGAAAGCAAAGGGCGCGAGCGAACGAAGAAAUCGACAGGCGGCGGAGAGAUGGCGACAGAGAUAGAGAUCGCGACAGAGAUAGGGAUAAACGUCGAAGCAGACGAAUGGACGAUGAUAAAAACCGUCACGACUCUAGCAGUCAUAGAAAUUCUGGGCAUAGAAGUAGAAGUAAAUCGCGAGAAAGACACCAUCGGGAUGAAGAUAAUUAUCGACGUCAUGGUCGAGAUAAGGGGAAUCGCGAUCAUCGGAGCUCCAGUCAUCAAAAUCGUCGUCGUCACCGCUCGCGAAGCCGAAGUCACAAGUAACUUCUCUUGAUUGGUUAGUGAGUGAGAAAUGAGCCAGGUAUGCACCAAACAAUAUAACCAUAUUCGUCUCAAUUACUGUACAGGUACUCUUUCGAUCCAGGUGAGUUGCCAUUCCGAUGCACAUAAUAUACAUGAUAAUAUAAUCUGUGAUGUUUGAAGCGCCGCGUAAGAGUCACAACAAGUGUUCGUUUCACACACACUCUCUCUCUCUCUCUCUUUCUCUUUCUCUGUUUCUCUGUUUCUCUGAUACACUCUCUCCACCUCUCUUUAUCUGAUCUCCCGCCAGAAUAAUCGAACAUCAUAAAACCCUAUUCUUUUAUUGUCUUUAAGAUUUCAUGAUUAAUGGCGCACAUUAGGUAUGAAUGAAUAUUAAACAAACAAUAGUAAUAAAUAGGGUAACAGAUACACUUAUUGUUGUAUAGUUCCUCUGCAAAGAUACAAAGAGUUUAUAACAAUAAUCUAACUUAUGAUCUCUUAAGAUUGAGAAAAUUGAAUUUAUCCAUUCUUUUGGCCAAAUUUUUUUUAGUUAUCAAUUUUUUUUAACAUCAAUCAUAUUAUUGUUGCGAUAUUAAAAGAAAAGAGAUAUUAAAGAGAUAUUAAAAGAUAUUAAAACAAAACUCUCGAAAAGAGUUAAAAGGUUUCGAAAUCAAUCUAAGUUCUAUUUCUUCUCUAUAAAUUUGAAAAAGAAAAAACUAAAUAUAUUUUUUUCAACUUUGAUUUUCUUGCGUUAAAAAAAAGAAAGAAAAAUGCGAAAAAUUCUUUAAUCGCAUCGUGCGGAAAUCAAAUUUGCCUUUGAUACAUAAAACUACGAGCAUUUCUGAUUAUUGUCUGUGGAGCAAGCUGGGACAAGGUAUAUCCUACGGCUUGCUUUUGUCGAUCAUAAUUCUGUAUUCGAGCGGCAGAAGAGCGUAAGUCCAAGAAUUCGUUUUUUUCCAGGAGAAGCCCGCGAAAAUUCCGGAAUUAUGGAUGCGUGCAUAUUCAAGAUGAAUUAAAUAUAAGUGUGAAAAAAUGCAAUCAGGUUGAAAUUCAUCUAAGAUAACAUAUACAUACAGAUUUUAUAUAUAUAUAUAUAUAUAUAAAUUCGUGAUGUUUAUUUAAAAAUAAAACAAAUUGUUUGUAAAAAUAUAGCGUUUCUCUUUAUUAUAACGCGUGCUACCGCGUUUUUAUUUUCAGAUGAAAUCGAAUUCAAAAACUUAUUUCUUUCGGGAAUUGCGUUUUCCGUUAUUGAAAGAAAACGCUACGUAUUUACGUUAUUCCGGGAAAAAAAAAGCCGAUAGUAUUGGACUUACUCUUUUCCGCAUCUCUGGCACAAAACUGACUUCGUUGAAAAAAAUGUAAUCUAAAGUUUGCGUGAUAAGAGAGGAAGGAAGGGAGGGAGGGAGGGAGGGAGGGAGAGAGAGAGAGAGAGAGAAAAGAGAAGAGAAGAAAUUUAGUGCGGUGGGGGGAGGGGACAAAGUUCUUUCUCAGUGCCCGCUUCAUAGAGCUUCGACCACGACUGCGAAUGCAGUUGGAGAGCGCACAACUGCGAGUGCGCCCUGCAAACAUGUGUGACUGUGACUAUACGAACCUCUAGCUUCCAUGUGCCACGCAAUUGACGAGGUAUUUAUGCCGGAAUGUGAUAAUAUCAACAUAUCCUUCUCUGCCAGGAGAAUUCAUUUCCCUUUCUUGCUUUCUUUUAUCUGUGGAUCCCUGGCUAAGGAUCGAAGAUUCGGAGAUAAUAUAAAAAUCCUCAAAUUACUGAAAUAGGAUGUGAUCAUGUUUUCGCGUAGAAAAAGCGAAGAAUAGAAAAAAAAAUUAAGAUAUAUUUGCAAUCUUCUUAAGAGGACAAGACUGAUAGACGACCGUUUUCAUUACAAUGAAAAGAAGAUACGCUUCUCGAUAAUAAUGUGUAUGGUGCUGCUUGUAACAAAAAAUAAUAUAUAAAUAAUAUUUUGUAAGAGAAUAUACAUGUACCUGAUGCAUAUAAAAAAUAUAAUAUUUAAUUGAAAGGUAACAUUCAUUUGACAAAUAAUUCUUUUUCCGGGGAAAUUAGAUUUAUUAAAAAGUUAGAUAAAUUCGCUUUCAUAAAAAUUUAAUUCAUAACCUUCUUGAGAUCUCUUCGAGAAUUUCGUGCGCAUAUUAAACAUACAAUCGACAGAAGGACAGGAUUUUGUUAAUACAAAACUAUUAUUGAAAUAUGAUUGAACUUUACAUCUAAUCAUGAUACCGAUGACUCUUACUAAGACUCGAAUUGUCUAUUUUCAGGAAGAAGAGAGACGAACAAAGUAUGAAGAUCACACAGGAAGUUGCGUAAGACGUACAUCGCUUAACGUACUGUUAAGGUAAAGAUUUUAAAUAAUCUUAACGGUGAUAAGAGAGAAAGAAAUAGAAAGGGCACAUACGAAGAAAAAAAAUUUUCAUCGAGACACGUCGGGAUUAAAAUAAUAACUUGUGUCUCGAACAAUUGUUAUUUUAGGCCAUCUAUACAUAAACAGAGCGAUCAGAAAGGUAAAUUAUCUAAUAUUAACGCGGUAUUAUUUAUAAUGCACCGCAAUUACGAUACUCCUAAGAUUGUUAUUUGAAAUUAAUAAAAUGAUGCUAGAUGGA